AUGACCUCCUUCGCGGCAGAGUCGUACAUUUGGUAUGGCUUUACCCUCGCUCUAGUAUUUGCGCGAAUGCUUGCGCGAAUCCUGCAUUUCAAGUCCGUGCUUCGGCUCGAAGUUGAAGAUUGGUUAAUGCUCUUUUUGACCUGCCUCUACACCAUCCUCAUUGUAUUUCUCAACAUCGACCUCAGAGUCAGCACCAACCUCAUUGACCCGGCACACCCUGUUGAUUUGACGCCGCAUGAAAUCGAUGAACGAACCUGGGGUAGCAAAACCAUCCUCCUUGUCGAACAAUGCAUGUGCGCUGUUCAAUGGGGCACCAAAGCAUGCAUGUUGCUGCUCUACUGGCGACUGACUCAGAAUUUGAAGCAAAGCUUUGUCGUGAAAUGUGCCGCCGUUUACGUUGCGGCGACAUACGUGAUUAUGGAGAUCCUGUAUUUCGGCGUCUGGUGUAGACCGUUCCACGACUAUUGGCAAACACCAACCGACAACAAACAAUGCACCACGGCCCUUAACCACCUCAUUACGAAUCUUGUGUUCAAUCUCACAAGCGACGUUUUGAUCAUGUCUAUCCCUCUGCCGCUUUUCCUCAAAGCGCAACUGGAAUUCAAAAGGAAGCUUCUUCUGAUCUUCCCGUUCAGCCUGGGGCUGUUUACUAUGCUUUGUGCCAUCUUGAGCAAACAGAAGAGUUUUACUCAGCCAUACAGUUCCGAAUGGGUCUACUGGUAUUGCCGCGAGGCAAGCACUGCCAUGAUUGUUUCCAACAUGCCCUACAGCUGGGCUUUGCUACGCAGAAUCUUCAAUCUCAGAUCCUUUCUCGGAGAUUCGACGGCAGAGAGAAUGCAAGGUGGACAGUUGAGACAGAUCCAUGGCUACAGCGCAGGGGCAGUCGGGUUGAGCAGCGGCCCACGAUCGCGUUCAACAAGCAAAGCAGGAGAGUCUGGAGGAAAAUUCUCUUUGAAACGAUUGAAGCGGGAUGGCAAGGAGAGCGAGCCACAGCAUGGCUCAUACGACCUCCAGGGAGGCCAUCAUGAUCUUGAGUCCACCGAGAGCAAAGACAUUCAAAUUCGUGCAGCUCCUGCCUCGAGUAUGACCAGUAGUGAUGGAUCUAUCAAACGGCAUUCUGGAGUGCAGCCGAUACAACCCACUGACUGGACGCUCGACCGCUUGUACCCCUUGGACGACAUCGAAGCUGGGACAUUGAAGACAACCCGGCGAGAAUAUGAGCCGUGA